AAACAUUCUGUACAAAUAAAUCGAUGGAGCAGGCGUAUUUCCCGCCGUGAGUCGCCAAGAAAUAAGUUAAAUAAAAACAGUGUAAUGUACAAAUGUGUGUGUUAAAAAAGAAAAGAUUUAUGGUAAUACAAGCCAUUUCAUGAAACAUGGUAUGUAAUGUAUGACCAGUUAUUUUGUAUUUAAGUGUGGUGCGCAGACUUAGUCACAUUCAGUCAAAGUUGACAAGUCUUCAAGAGAAGAUAAACACAUAUACUAAAUAGAUUAAAAACCCCGUUUUGCGGUUACACCUAUUUUAACAGAACUAGGAAGUAAAUCGAAAAAUUAUGUAUUAUAUUGCGAACAUUUUUCUAAGAGAAAAAUAAAAAAUAUUGUGUUUUUAUAUGGUGCAAAUAUUAGUGUGUGGAAAUUGAAAAACUGAAAUUAUUAAAAAAUUUUCGUUAUUUUUACUUUAAAAUGUUAGUGUAAUCUAGGUAAAAACCGUAUUAAAAGUGGGAUUUUGUGUUGUGAAAUAAAAAUUUUAUUUUAUUUUUAUCCCCUGUAAUUUAGUUUUAAGAUAAAUUUCAAAAUGGCUCAUCUUGUUACAAGUGUAAUUCACACAUACCAUGAUAUCCUCGACAAAAAAAGUGAUCCUAGAGUAAAUGAUUGGCCCAUGAUGUCCAGUCCAUUACCAACACUAGGAAUAUGUUUAUUUUACGCUUAUUUUUCAAAAGUAUUAGGACCAAAAAUUAUGGAAAAUAGGAAACCAUUUGACCUUAGAAAUAUUCUAAUUGUAUAUAAUUUAUGCCAAACGUUAUUUAGUGCAUGGAUAUUUUAUGAGUAUUUACAAAGUGGAUGGUGGGGUGAUUAUAGCUUUAAAUGUCAGCCAGUCGAUUAUUCGUACAGUCCUAUUGCUCUUCGGAUGGCCGCUACAUGCUGGUGGUAUUAUUUCUCCAAAUUUACAGAAUUCUUUGAUACAUUAUUCUUUGUAUUGAGAAAAAAAACUAAUCAAGUAUCAACAUUACACGUUAUUCAUCAUGGCUGUAUGCCAUUUUCUGUAUGGUUAGGUUUAAAAUUUGCACCAGGCGGGCAUAGCACAUUCUUUGCUCUAUUAAAUACAUUUGUACAUAUCGUUAUGUAUUUCUAUUAUAUGGUCGCUGCUAUGGGUCCAAAGUAUCAAAAAUAUAUCUGGUGGAAAAAAUAUUUAACUAGCUUCCAAAUGAUACAAUUUGUUGCAAUUAUGGUACAUCAAUUUCAGCUAUUAUUUAGAGAAUGCAAUUAUCCAAAAUCAUUUAUGGUAUGGAUUGCAUUACAUGGUAUUCUAUUUCUUUUCUUAUUUUCUGACUUUUAUAAAGUUAAAUACUCAAAAGAAGAAAGGAGAUCUGCUAAAAAUACCGGAUUCUGUAUGCCUGUAUUGGAAGCAGAUCAUAAGCACACGAAUGGUAGUGCAAAUGGUAAAGUACAAAAUGGUUUCAGCAACAGUAAUGGCCAUCUGAAAUCGUCAUACGCCACCGGUGAAUAUUCAAAAAUUGUACAAGAAGGUUAUUCAAAUGGUAUCAAUAGUGGUUACGUCAGUCAAACACAACAAAAUGGUACAAUCAAAAAAGACCAAUAAUAUAAUAAAAACAAGCAAAUGAUAUUCUUACAAGUCUACUUUGUCGAGACUUUAUGUAUGAAUUAUUUUUGAAUUUUGUUUUGUUUGCGCGAACAUUAAGAGAUCACGAACGAUUAUUUAGUUUUGGAUCCUUACGAUUAAAUAAAUAAUUUUGUUGGAAAUAUGAAACACAACAUAUUUUCAAGAACAAAAACAUUCUGUGCUUCACACAACCUGAACACAACACAAAUGAAUUUUUUAUUUUUUAGUCGAAUUUUACUUUUUUAUAUUU